AGGAUUGGAAUACAAAUGAACCUUGAGCGUUGUCUACUGCCUACUUCCAAGACUUCUCUAAUGGAAGAUAGCCCUUCAACCGAGUUAAUAGCCGAUGAGUAUGACCAUGUGGUCAGUGAUGAAGAAGCCAGUGUACAUAUUUUUGCAGACACUUCAUGUAUUAAAAAUUGUGAACACUUUUUGAAAUCAUUCAAUAUAGAAGUAUCUCCAGAAUAUAUUCAUGAGUUGGAUAGUUAUGACAACGUAAAAUCUACAUUAGAUUCUGUUGCAAAAAAUCCUAAAAAAAAAUCCAUACUGUUUUUGAUAUUUUGGGGAUAUUUCGAACCCUCAACGCAUGGGCAGCUUAUUCUGGAUGAUGGUAAACAAAUAUUAUUUUAUGAAGUAUGGAGUAAAUUCUGCAAUGAAGAUUGGCGAAAUAUACCGAAAGUUUUUCUUUUUAAUGUGAUAAAAACUAACAAUACUGUUCGAAGGGAUACUUGUCUCUAUCAGCCUAGAGAAUUCGAUACUCCAAACGAGGGCGAUGUUAUGGUGAUUUUGAAGAAAAAUGUUGAUAUUCAAGAAAGUAGGAGUUUUUUCGAAGAAAUAGAAAAAAACAUCGAAGAAUUUGGAAGGAGGGAAGAUUUUUCUUCUAUUGUAACAGCUGUUGAAGUUUCUGGUGAGAAAAAUAUCAAAUCUAGGCCUAUUUUAAUAUCAACCCUGCUGAAAAAAUUAUAUUUGAUACCCAGCCCUUAUCGAGGACACCAUUUGACCCUAAUGGAAACGGAUAUGGCUAUUGCUAAUGAAAUUGGAAGACUAGAUUCAUUACAAUCAUAUUAUGAUUCAUUGGAAUCGGCUAGUACUUGGGAUCUAUCCACAGUAGACACUGAUAAGGAAACCUGCUGCCCUAAAAAAACUGAUAGCCGAAGGAGUUCACACCAAGAAGCAGGAAGUUCGAGAACUAGAAAGUCUACCGAUAAAACUCAUAGGAGUAGUUCAUCUUACAAAAAUAUAAAGAGAAGGUUAUCUACAACUAAAGAAAAGUGUUACUUGAUGUGAUAGUUUUGUUAUAUUAUAAAUAUGAUGACUUGUA